AUGCGUGCAGCAAUAUUGUGGACGAUCCAUGAUUUUCCAACAUAUGGUACUGUAUCUGGGUAUAGCACUCAAGGUUAUAAAGCUUGUCCUGUUUGUGAAGAUGACACGUCUUCAUUUCGAAUAAGAGGAAAAACAUGUUUCAUGGGUCAUCGUCGAUAUUUGUGUCCGAACCACCAAUGGCGCAAUGAUAUGGAGUAUGAUGGUACAAUCGAACGACGUUCACCUCCAAGAAUUUUAACAGGAGAUGAAAUCUUAGAUAAAUUAAAGGGUGUAUGGAAAUGUAGGGCAGGUAAAAAUGAUAAGAUCAUUAAGGACGAUAAGCAACAAAUGAAGGAUGCAUGUUAUGAAAAUAACACGAACUGGAGGCGAAAAAGUAUUUUUUGGGAGUUAGAAUAUUGGCCUAAAUUAAAACUAAGACAUAAUUUGGAUGUGAUGCAUAUUGAGAAAAAUAUAUGUGAUAGUGUAGUUGGUACAAUAGUUAGUAUUGAUGGGAAGUCUAAAGAUACUGAAAAGGCAAGACUUGAUUUACAAGAUUUAAAUAUUCGUAAGCAGCUACACAUGAAAAAGAAGGGGAACAAAUGGUUCAAACCAGUAGCAUGCUAUACAUUAUCAGUGAAGGAACGACAAGAAUUUCGUAUGUUCAUAAAGUCUGUAAAAUUUCCUGAUGGAUAUGCUGCAAAUAUUUCUCGGAAUGUUAACAUGAAAGAUGGAAAGUUAUUUGGGUUGAAAAGUCAUGAUUGUCAUAUUUUAUUACAGAGGUUGUUACCUAUUGGUUUAAGGCCAUAUUUGAAAAAGAAAGUAAUGGAUGUUAUUGUUGAGCUGUCGUUAUUCUUCAAAAAGCUAUGUGCGAGGACAUUAUAUGUGAAAGACUUAAAGGAAUUGGAAAAGGGUGUUGUACUCACGCUGUGUAAAUUAGAAAGUAUCUUUCCUCCUGCCUUCUUUGAUGUGAUGAUUCAUCUUAUGGUUCACUUGCCAUUAGAAGCUAAGUUAGCUGGUCUAGUACAAAUGCGAUGGAUGUAUUCAAUCGAAAGGGAAUUAGGUCAUUUGAAAAAAUAUGUGAAAAAUAAGGCUCGACCUGAAGGUUCUAUUGCAGAAGGAUACAUUAUUACUGAGGCACUAAACUUUUGUUCAAUGUAUCUUCAUGGAAUGGAAACAUGCUUUAAUCGUUCUGAGCGCAAUCCUGAUUACCUUGGAAUUAGAAAACAAUCGACACUGUCAAUAUUCAACAUGCCUACAAGACCAUUUGGAAGACAAUCAUCCAUCACACUAACUCAAGAUCAACGAACCCAAGUUCAAUGGUACAUUUUGAAUAAUUGUCCUGAGUUGGAACCAUAUUUAACAGAACAUAGAUUAUUCUUACAAUCUCAAGGAAUUCUGGAUAUCAAUCAAGUGCAAAAAAAUGAAUUUUCAACAUGGUUUGAAAAUAAAAUAAAAAAAAUGAAUGAAACAAUAUCUGGUAAAGCACAGGAAGAUUUGUAUGCAAUUGCAAUGCAACUAAGUUUUUUGGCUUGUACAUAUGCUGGUUGUAUGGUUAAUGGAGUUCGAUACCAUACAAAAAGUCGAGAUGAAAGACUUUUAACUCAAAACUACGGUGUUCACGUUGAAGCAGAAUAUGAUGGAAAUAUAUGUGAUUUUUAUGGUAUCAUCAAUGAAAUUUGGGAAGUACAUUACCUCUAUUUGAACAAAGUUAUAUUGCUCAAAUGCUCUUGGUACAAUACCAAUGGAAGUGAUAGAAUGUACUCUGAAUAUAACUUUACUAGUACCAACAUCAACUCAGAAUGGUUUGAAGAUGAACCAUUUGUUCUUGCCAAUCAAGUAAGUUUGGUUUUUUAUUUGGAUGACAUUAAAAAAAGUAAAGAUAAUAAAGAUUGGAAAGUGGUACAAAAAGUAAAUCAUCAUCACAUUUGGGAUAUACCAUCAAAGCCAAUGGAUGGUGAAGUUGAUGAUGAAGAUCCAACUAUCAACAGUUCUGAAGCAUAUCAAGAAGAAUCUUCGAAUGACAUUGGUGUGAAUUUUGAUUCAACGACAAAUGAUACUAAUCUUAUUUGGGAUGAUAUUGAAGAUAUAGAAUGUGAUAAUCAUCAAUUGUUCAAUGAACUUCAAAUAAAUCAUAAUGAUCAAGUUCAAAGUGAUAUAAACAGUGACGAUACCGAUGAAGAAGCUUUACUCGAUGAUUCUGAAGAUAUAACUUUGAGUGAUAAAAUUGAUUAA